AGAAGAAGGAGUAACAGUAAGCACAAGGAGAGUUCAACACUAUAAAUUCUCCUCUUCGCAUUAUAAAAUAAAUAAACUUUCUUGACAGUUAUUAGUUAUUUUAUAGUGAAAUGUUUUAAUAAAAUUAGUCAUAUAUUCUAAUAAAAAUACAAAUUUUCUUUUUGAAUCUAAAAUUUUCAAAUUUUGAUAUUUCCAUUCUUUUUUUUUUUUUUGUCGCAAAUAAUUGGCAAAUUUAACUUUUAAAAUUCAUUGUGAACUCGCGCCCAAGUGCCUUUAUAAUAGGCGUCGGCUAUAUCUCCUUGUCGUCGAAUCAACAAUUUCAUCGAAAUAUGGCUAAUUAAACGAGUUUUUAGUUAAAAAAAACAAAAUAAUAAAAAUGCCUGCUCCACCGCCUCCACCACCUCCUGGAUUCAGCUUAACGAAUUCUACAUCUGGAGAUCAAGGCAGAAACCAAUUGCUUCAAUCAAUUAGAAGUGGAAAAACAUUGAAAAAAACUGUCACUAAUGACAAAAGUGCACCAGCAAUUAGUGGAAAAAUAAAAGUAGCAAAUUCAAAUUCAUCGAGCAUUGGAGGAAAUAAUAAUUCGAAUUCCAAUGUAACGAGUAAUAUCAGCAGCAGUAGCAGCAUUAGCAAUGGAAGUCCAGCGGGACUUGGUGGCCUUUUUGCUGGGGGAAUGCCAAAACUAAAACCCACUGGACUGAGGGGAAAUUUAGAGGAAAGAAGCAAUGGAAAUAGUGUAAAUAAUACUAGUAGCAAUAAUGCUCAUAGCACUCAUACAAUUCCAAGUGUGAAACGAGGUCCGCCACCUGUGCCGCCACCAAUCACGCAGAAACCACAGUUGACGAAUGCAGAUUCAACAUUAAGCAACACAACGGAUGGUCAAAAGGGUUUUGGAAAAUUGAGUCAUGCACCGCGACCACCGCCGCCAACGAUUGCGGCACCAAAAAAACCAUCGCCACCACCGAAAAAAUUAAGUCUCACAGCGGGAACAGUUGCAAGGGCGCAAAGUAUGCGAUUACCACGUUCAUUGCCUGUUUUAGCGCCAAAUCCCUCGUCACUUCAUCAAUCGCAGGAUUGUCUCAAUGUCACGGAAAUGCAACAGAGACGAAUUCUACGACCACCAAUUGUCAGACCGCCAUCGCCGCCAAUAUCGAGAGCAAGUAGUACAACAACAAUAACAACAAUGAGAGCAGCACCGCCACCGCCAACGCGUGUUCCUGUGACAGCGCCAAGUAUACCGCCACCACCACCUCCACUUCCUCAUCGUGCAACGGCCGGUCCCACACAUCAAAGGAUAGCGCCACCACCUCCACCCACACCUCCCACACGUGGCUCAUCAAUUAAAAAUGGUCAGCCAAUAUCAAUUGAUUUAGAAGCAAGGUUUUCCCAUCUGUUUCAUUCGAUUGCCGAGUUCCCGUCACCCGAACCCUUUACAGGAUGUCCCAAGGUCUACAAUAGUAAAUUAGUCGCAUCCAAACAACAAGCUCCACCACCACCGCAACGAACGGCACCUGCCCCAAGUUCGAUGGCCCCAUUAAAAUCUGGGGGUAAACAGUGGCAACAGAAUGCGGCUUCAUCAGCAUGUUGAGAGAGAGAGAAAAAAAAAAAAACAGAAAAAAGAAAAAGAGACCCAAUUUUUAAUCUACGUGAUAUCUCGUUCUUAUUUAUGAGUCGCCUAGUUAGCUUAUAUUAUAUAAAUAUAUAAUUAAUUAAUAAUUAAUAAUGUUCUUAAAACAUUGCCAAAUUUUAAGAAAAGUGAGUAACAAAGAAUACGGAGUAAAAUAAAUAAGGACCUAGGCAUCAAAGUUACAACAAACUAUAGUUAGAAAACUUUCCUUCCUCGUUGUUUAAAAAAAAAAAAAAUGGCAAAAAACAAAAAAAGGAAAAAUAAAUUCAUCCCAUCUCAGUAUUUUCUAUUAAAUGCAUAUCUUUGUCUCUUUAUCCAUAUCAAAAAAAAAAAAAAAAUUCAGGCAUUUUUAAUUUGUAUCCUCGAUGUUAUGGAGUAUUAGAAAAAAAAAUGCUAAAUGAAAAUUAGUUUCUUAGAAUUUUAUUUUCUUCAAUCGCUAAAUAAAAUCGAAAAAUAAUUUUCUUUGUUAAAGAAGAGAAAAAAAAGGAAAUAAAAAAUAAUAAAAACUAAAUUUCCUCUACGGAGAAAGAUGAAAGUAAAAAGCGAUUGAAAGUCAAUUUAUUCUCACGCUCCUUGUUUAUAAAAAAAAAAAAUAAGAAAAUGAUAAAAAAAAAAGUCUUUUAGACGAGGGAAAAUAGUUUUCUUUCCUAUGUUAUAAGGACAGACCUAUAUUGUUAUGCACACGGUGCACUGAAAUGGAAGAUUUUACUUUAUACAAGAUGUGAAAGAUGAUAUGCACGAUGCAUUUCGAUAAGACAGAAAUUAAACUAUUUUUUUUUUCGUUUCAUUUUUUUAAAUAGUAAUUAUAAUAAUAAUUAUAAUAAUAAUGAUAAUAAUAAUAAUGAAAAUAAUCAAAAACCUCGGGAAUGAGAAAUUUAUUAAAUUGCCAAAAGACAAUUUACAAAAGUCAUUCUGUUUUAAAGUAUUAACACUAUUAUAAACAUAAAUGUAUUCUAAUUUUUUUUUUUGUGUUAAUCUUCCUUUUUUUUACCUGUUUUAACAAAUAUUGUAUUUAAUAUUUUUAAUUUUUAGUCCCAAACGAUUUUUCAGUUAUGCUCUUAAUUUUUCCUGUCUUACAUGUUUUAAUGUAAUUCGAAAGACACGAAUCGAGCGUGUGUGCAUAAUCUUGUAAUAUUGUUGAAAAUAUAAUACAUUAUAUAAUUUUA